UAACUGGCACGUCCACAGUUUAUGCCACAGAAAAGGGCACAGAGUCACAGACACACGGACGCAGCAAUCCAUCCUUUUGGCAGUCAGAACCUAAUAGGACUUGCAGGCAUCUCAUAACGACGCGAAAUGGACUUCGAUCUGCCACCCACUUUUCCAGCCAGCGGUAUCGCAUGGGAGAGGGUCCUGCCGCCUCUUCUUCCAGGGCUGAACGGGACAUUCGGGCUGUACUCAUUCACGCCGUCGGAGCUGCUCACCCCAGUGACGGAGCACACUGGCUCUGCACAAGUGUGUUGUGACCACAGUGGAUUCACAGUUCAGGUUGAUGUGAAACACUUCAACCCAGAGGAGCUGAUGGUCAAGGUGACAGGAGACUUUGUGGAGGUCCAAGGGAAACACAAAGAGAAAAAAGAUGGGUCGGGGCUGGUGACGCGUCAGUUCAUCCGCCGCUACAGGAUUCCAGAGGGAGUGGACUCCAUGGCUCUGGAGUCGGCUGUGUCACCUGAAGGCAUCCUCAUCAUAUCUGCCCCUAUGCUUCAGGGGGAGAACUCAAGACACCUGUCCCACUCAGAACCAUGAGCAUACACGCCGUAGGAACAAACACUUCAUAGGAACUCACACACACAAUCCAUAGGAACCAGUGUUGGGGAGUAGUAAACUACAUGUAGUUCAACUAGUAAUAUAACUACAUUUUGCAAUAGCUUGGUGGCAGUUCAAAUCUUGGUAGUAAUUAACUACUUUUUUUGCCAUGUGGUGUAGCUAACUACUGGAACUACACUACUUUUUUUUUCAAAUAGAAAAUAAAAUAUGGGUGAA